CCCUGCAGAAUCAGCUGGUCAGGUUCAGUUUGUGUUGCCGGUGUUGCGGUUUUCGCUGAAAAACCAUAGAAAAUCACCAGGAAUAUGAGUAAACUCGUGCUAAGGAUAUGCAGCAGAGGUUUCAGCACAAAGUCGCGCAGGAUUCGCAAAAGUGUCCUGCUGCAGGACGAAGAAAAAGUACCGAUUGAUAAAUACCGGGUGUCUGGACCAAAGGAGCGCCGGGUGUUUGUCUGGGGCUACUCAGAGACCGGGGCGUUAGGUGUGCACACAGCCUUGUGGAAGCACAAAGGAUAUUUGGGGUCUUAUGUGCAGAAUCCCACACGACAGAGUUUCGCCUCCUCACACGACGUCCUGGACGUGACCUGUGGCUAUGGAUUCUCCCUGUUCCUCACGAAGGACGUCAAGGGCGUGCAGGUGUUUGGCUCAGGCAUCAACACCGAUUGUCAGAUUGGAUUUCACAAGCACGGCGGCGCGACAAAUCGUCCCAUGCAUUUGAUGAUCUAUCCGGCUCCAAUAGAGCUGCCCAAGAAGAGUGAGGAUGAGAAGCUGAAGAUAGUGUCAAUAGCGGCUGGAAGGGCGCACGCGAUUCUGCUGUCGGAGGACGGGGAAGUGUUUUCCAUGGGGAACAACGCUUACGGCCAGUUGGGCAGGGAGAUUAUCGAGGAGGAGGAUUACGUGAAGAGUCACAUAAUCCACAGAUUUCGUGUGCCAGAUGAGCAUGUUUGCGGCGUUUACUGUGGCCAGGAUCACACGAUGCUGCUCACGAAGUCGGGCAAGGUGUUCUCGUGCGGCUGGGCUGCUGAUGGACAGACGGGAAGUGGCACUUAUGAGACAUCCGGAGCGAUCCGACAGGCGCUGGGCGACAUCGCCGGGGAGCGGAUCGUGAAGCUGGCCUGUGCGGCAGACUGCGUUCUGGCACUCAAUGACAGAGGAGAAGUCUUUGGCUGGGGCAACACGGAGUACGGACAGCUGAGUAGCGCGAUAGGAAGUGUCCAGCAAAUCCACACUCCAAUCAAACUGCCAACACUGGCGGGAUUGGGGAAGAUCACGGACGUCGCUGCAGGAGGAUCACACUGCCUGGCGUUAAAUGAGCACGGCGAUGUGUUCGCUUGGGGCUAUGGAAUACUGGGAUUCGGACCUCAGGCGGAUUGUGUGCUGACGCCCAGGCAGAUCCCGGCUGCGCUGUUCGGGCGGAAUGACUUCAACAGGAGCAGCGUGGUGACGAGCAUCAGCAGUGGCAUCAGCCACAUGGGCGCAAUCAACUCGGACGGGGAUCUGUUCAUGUGGGGCGUGAAUAAGCACGGAUGUCUGGGCUUGGGCAACACAAAGGACAUGUUCUUCCCCUUCAAGACGGCUCUGGGUGCCAAAGUGCUGAAGAUCAGCUGCGGAGUGGAUCACACAGUGGCGCUGUGCAAGGCCUUUGUCUAGCGAGAAGAGAAAGAGAGAACGCGAUGUAUAAAUGUGACGCAUUGAAUUGAAGUGCAAGAGGAUGGCAAAGGAGAAAACUGUUGCAGAGAUGUUGCGAGAGAAAGGAAGACCGAUCAUCUCUUGCUUGGGUUUGUACAAACUCUAUUUUUGACACUCGGCAUCCACACACUUUAGAAUUUUCGCGAUGCCGACGAUCGUCGCGUCGCGACGGCGCAAGAAAGUGCUCAGCUUAGGCAGAGAUGUCUUGCGUACGGCAGGAAUCUCCAUUGGCAAGCAAUUGUGGAAGUAUUUGAAUCAAUAAA